AUGUCUUUCAGCGCUCCACAGCUUGUCGUCAAAAUCACAGCCGAAACAUCUCCAGGUAAAGGCGGCGAUGGGACAGCCAAGCGUAGUCGAGUACCCCAAAUAGCUGUGAGGCGGCAGCAGCUAUUUGGCAGCGACGCUCCUGUGUCAUCGCUCGCAAAGUAUGCGAUUUCUAGAGAUGUUCGACAACCUCCGCCAGAUCUAGCAAGAUUAACCUCGUUGCAACAACAACAGCAAGCUAGUCCCCAACAUUAUCCAUCGGCCGUCGCUGGUCCUGAGAGCGAGAUAGAAGGCUUACUUCAACUGCGUUUGCGAUCAGUUCAAAGACAGGUCGCCACACUGAAAGAAGAGUUCGAUCGACCGUGUAUUGCCACAAGCGAGGCAUGUCGCAAUCUGAUUGAUUAUACAAUGUCCACGCGUGACACUCUUGUCCCAAGCGUCUGGGGAAAAGCGCCGGCUGAGGAACGUGAAUUCAUGGGCUCAACCACCAGUCCAGGAUGUUGCAGCAUUUCCUGA